AUGCCACUACCGCUGCUUACCUGCAGCGGGGCUAAGUACCUGUUGUGGGUGUGCUGGGCGUCCAAGCUUCAGCGCACGCCGGAUGAUGAGUUAGCGCAAGCGGCUUCAUGGUUGGAGGCGGUUCCGCGUCCGCUUCUAUUCGUUUUGGCGCUGAGUUGCAUCUUGCUGGGUGCACUCAUGGCGGGCCUUACUCUGGGCCUCAUGUCUCUUGACUUGUUUCAAUUGGAACUCCUGGCGGUUUCUGGGGCGAAUCCGGAGGAAAAAUCCGCAGCUCGGGCUAUUGCCCCGUUGCGGGCGAAGGGAAACCAACUGUUGGUAACGUUGCUGCUGACCAACACGCUUGCGAAUGAGCUACUGCCUCUCGUGCUCGAUACCCUAUUUCCUGGCGGAUACGCCGCCCUGGUGCUCUCUGUAGUGAGCGUGGUUGUUUUCGGAGAAGUCCUGCCACAGGCAGUCUGCAGUCGAUAUGGACUGAAGGUGGGCGCUGCCACCGCUGGCUUCACAAGAACCCUGAUGACGAUUUUUUGGCCAGUGGCUGCCCCAGCUGCUUGGAUGCUUGACAAAAUGCUGGGCAAGGAGCUGCGUACGGGUUACGAUCGCGAUCGACUCAAGGCUCUGAUCCAGAUGCACGGACCAGCGGGCGUCACCAGAGCCGCAACACCAGCACCAGGAGCAGCAGCAGCAGCAGGUUCAGGCACAGUGGCAUCUCCGGAUGCUCCGGACCUGGAGUGGGCUCCUGUCGUUGCAGCUGGAGCUGAACGCACCGAGCUGCGGAUCCAGGAGCCUUCGCCUGGCUACGCGUCAACGUCAUCGACGAUGCCCAGAGCGUCUUCGACACAGGCAGUUCGAAGAGACAGUCCGAACGUGGGUUCAAAUGCCGUUGCCGACAAGUCGUUCGGUACCAGCUGGGAGCGUGCUGCGUCUACUGGUACCGAGCGAGCACCGGCUGUUGCCUCAGACGGAGGACGCCCUUCUGGAUUUAGCGUGCUUUCCGCCGAUGAGGCAUCCAUGCUGGUCGGUAUUCUAGAAUUAUCAUCGAAGACUGUGUUUCAGAUCAUGACCAAGGCCGAUGACGUGUUCUGUCUCUCGGUUGAUGAUUGUCUCGAUCGUCGAUUACUGAAACGCAUCCUGCGGCUGGGUCAUUCACGAAUCCCCAUCUAUGACGGCUGUCGCGAUAACAUCAUUGCUAUCCUGUUGGUGAAACAGUUGCUUCUCGUCGAUCCGAACAAAGCACUGCCUAUUCGAGCGAUUAUUCGUCGAAAAAAACGCAGCCACAAGAAAAAGGUUGUGAGCCCCGUAUACGUAUCCAAGCAGUGCAAUUUGCUGGAUCUUUUGAACGAGUUUCAGGUUGGGCGAUCUCACAUGGCGAUUGUGGUGGAGAGUCUGGAACCUCCAGCGGAUCACGGCACCAGGCGAUUUCUGGGCAUUGUCACCUUGGAAGAUAUCGUUGAAGAGAUGAUCAAAGAGGAGGUUUUGGAUGAGACAGAUGUGUUUGUGGAUAACGAGCACCGCCAACCGCUGCUCAUACGUGGCCAGGACAAGAAGUGGCACUACUCGAUCCCGCCGGAACUGCUCGCGAGCCGCAAACGGAAUCCCCAUCUCAUCCAGUACCGCGACAUUGACGAGUCUGCGUAUGCCGAUGCAGUCGUCUUCACCGGUGGAGCGAUAACCAAAUCUGCGUCCGUCGCUGCUUCUGGUCAGCAGCGUGCAGCGAACGUGACCGGUACCUCCAAAGUAGACGAGGCACGCUCCGCGACUAGCCCCAGACCGUCCUCGUGGUGCACGGAGCAGGCAGUCACGAACGCGACGCCCCCAGGUUCGCCGCAUGCGCUGCCAGAAACGGAGACACUGCAGUUGCGCACAGGGGCGGCCGAGGCAACGAUGGCCUCCUCCUCCUCCUCCUCCUUCUCAGAAACAUUACCAGAGCGAGACGUCAGACGAGACGCAUCCGCACACGCUGAACACGGAAAUGCUUCGGUGCAGACACGGGAACAGGACGAAACUCGUGCCGAUUCUGAGGGGAACACUCGAGCUCCACAUGGGCAGCUUCGUGUUCAGGAUCCGGACCAACUGCAAGGAACCGAACCACCGUUAGUGCCUGGGGCAACCUCUUCAUCCUCCGAGUCCGACAGCUCCCAGCAGCCUCGUCCUGAAACAUCCAGUCAGCCAACGACAGGUGUCCCGCCAGCAGAACCUGCAUGUGACAGCGACUCAGAGGCCGAGACGGAUUUGGAGUACGAUUUUGAAGCUGGUACGUACGUAGAACCGAAGAACCUGGCAUGGAGAAACAAACCAGACCGGAGCAAGCGCGCCUCUCCGGGGAGCCCCGCGGCACCAGGUGCAACGCCAAUGGCACAGAAACAAUGA